AUGGGAAUACGACCAUCCAACCCUAACCCCUGUAUACUUUUGUCUUUUCUGUUUUUUAAUGGUUUACGUAUAGUGCCUAUCGUGGAUGGUGUGAAACAGUGGACCCCUGGAUCAAACCGUCUAACCAAGAAAAAUAACAAAAGACCCCAUCUAGGACCGGCUCUACCUCUACCCAGCUCUCCGCUAGCAGUGGUGCAACAGCAGAUCCCGUAUAAAAAGGGACGCAAGGACACCGCACAUAGUGUUUUAACUCCAGAGAAUCUUAACUUGGUUCUCCAUGCUGUUAUAAACCCUGAAAUCGCCCGCCAAGGGGGUGGAUGGUCUGAGUCCAAACAGCCGUUGAUUGAGACAUCAGUUGUACCUGUGUCUGAGCCGCCUGCAGAGACCGUUACUGUACAGCCGGAUGGAGGCAUUCAGCAUGUCCUUGGAGACCCUCAGGAUGCACCACUACCAGAACUGACCGAUGAGGAUCUCGAGGGUCUUACCGACGUUCCGUUGUGGCCCUCAGCGCUGUUGGAACAGCUCGACUUCACUCCCGCUCAUUGGAUAGACCCUCCAGCUACUUCCGUAGUGGGUACCACCAGGGCAGAGCCUGUAAACCAUCAGCCUGCAGCCCCCGCCUCUGGAUCACGACCCAUCCUCAUCCAGGCCUCUAUCCACAAUCCACCAGGCACUGUGAGUCGUCCCACCGCCAUCGGAGCAGUGGCUAGGCUGCUACCCGACGGCUCAGCGGCUGCUGCUGAAUACAUUGCGGGUGGUCCAUGUACCAACUGUUGUAAGGCUUGUGUUGGUAAAUUAACCUUGGUAACUAAAGCAGUUGAUGUAAACUCCUUAACCAUUGGUCGUCAGUGUAAACUGGGUGCAUUGUCUGUGAAACGUAUUGACAGCAGAUUUCAGACUAUCGAAGAGCAAACUAAGCAGUCACUCGAGACCCUCGGGGAAAUCAAGGACGAGCUAGUGCGUUACGGUCUGGCUAUAGAAUCAAUACAGCAGCAGAUUUUGGUUGUCGAGGCAGCAGUGCGUGUUAACACUCUGGCUUUGGAUAGUGGGCUUCUGAUAUCUAAUAUGGCGCGGAAAAUUUGGCUAAUUGAAACUAGGGCGCAGGAUAACAUCAGGGCCUACAAGGCCAUGUCUGCCCAGAUGACUAUCAUGAAUGAUGCUCUGGAUAUGCUUACGAUGAAUCGUUAGUAUUUGAUUUGUGGUUUUGGGGUGUUCUUUUUAUUUUUAUUUUAUUUAUUUUUUUCUUUUCGUUUAUUAUGUGGAGAGGGUAUUUUUUUGUUUUAAACUGAACGUAAUAAAACGUUUUUCUUUUAAUAUCUGACUAAUUCACUUUUUUAUCUAUUGGCAUAAAAACUAUAGCUGAACACAAUGCAUAAAGCUAUUAGCCCCAGAAAAAGGAAAUUCAAAUCUGUAGACGGUAAUCCCAAGAGACGGCGUAGAUCUGAUAGCGGGGGUAGCAUUAUGGAUGUAGAUCUUGAAGAGAUGGCUAUGAGGUAUGAUGCAACCGGCGAUGCGUCCCAUCUGCUGUCUGUAGGACGCGUGGGGGGUGGGGGGAUGAGUGCUGAAGGUGGUUUAGACAUGCGGGAAAUACGUACUGACAUAGCUAGAACUAGACGUGUGUUAAUUGAUGCUGAUGCAUGGGGGGGUAGAAUGACGGAUGCACUAGACAGGGCUGCUAUGAUAAAUGUUUCGAACGAUCCAUGUGUGGGGUUAGAUGUCCCCGGGGCUUUAGACACACGGGAUGUGUUGUAUGCGGCGGCAUACACCAGAGAUGUGAAAUCCCUUGAAAAUUUUCAAGGGAUAUACUUCUCAGAUCAAUGGUCUGUCUAACCUCAAAACCGUUAAAGCGGGGAAAUAAUCUAGUAUGCAACUCGUCAUCAUCAUCACCCGCCGCCAUAGGCGCAGCAGGUGUACCAUCAACGUCAACAACACCACCACCACCACCACCACCACCACCGCCACCGUCCUGUAUAUUCGACUCUAUAGCGUCACCAGUCCUACCCCCUGCAGCCGCCGGGGGUUCCUGAAAACCCUCACCAUCCCCUUCGUCACGUUGCGACACAUGCAUUACAUCCAUUGGUGAUGUAAUGUCUAUCUGCUCGGCUAUGUCUAGCCUCUCUUGUACACUAUCCAGCCACCCAUCGACAGUGUUAAGUACAUCUCUGGUGUAUGCCGCCGCAUACAACA